AAUUUUGAAUCUUGGGAGAAACCAAAACAUGCGAGUGCGAGAGAUUAUCGAGCAUUAGAUGAACCAGACGCCAUGGACGCUCAAAUCAUUUCGAGACGUCCUGAAGAAAUGCAUAGCGGAGAGAGAUCUCUUCACAGGAAAGUCCCUUCACGCGCUUUACGUGAAAUCUCUCCUCUCUCCUUCGACUUACCUCUCCAAUCACUUCGUUCUUCUCUACUCCAAAUGCGGUCUCCUCGUCGCCGCACGCGCUGCCUUCGACUCCACAUACGAACCCAAUGUAUUCUCCUACAACACCAUAAUCGCAGCGUAUGCGAAAGAAUCGAAAAUCCAUAUUGCCCGCAAGCUGUUCGAUGAAAUUCCACAACCUGACGUCGUUUCUUACAACACGCUUAUCUCGGGCUACGCCGACGCUGGGGAAUCUGUUCAGGCGAUGAUCUUGUUCAAGAGAAUGAGAGAAUUGGGUUUCGAAUUAGAUGGGUAUACUCUAUCAGGGUUAAUAGCAGCUUGUCGUGACAAGGUUUGUCUGGUCAGGCAGCUACACGGCAUCGCCAUCUCUGGCGGUUUCGAUUCUUAUGCUUCGGUGAAUAAUGCAUUUCUUACUUACUACAGCAAAAAUGGGUUUCUGAACGAGGCGAUAUCGGUGUUUAAUGGGAUGGAUGAAGAGGUAAGAGAUGAAGUUUCAUGGAAUUCGAUGAUCGUUGCUUAUGGGCAACACAAGGAAGGGAAAAAGGCUUUGGCUUUGUACAGGGAGAUGGUAGGGAAGGGAUUAGAAAUCGACAUGUUUACAUUGGCGAGCGUUUUAAGUGCAGUCACGAGCUUGGCCGAUUUGGUAAGUGGCAGUCAGUUCCAUGGUAAGUUGAUCAAGACUGGAUUUCAUCGGAAUUCCCACGUGGGCAGCGGUCUGAUUGAUUUGUACUCAAAGUGCGGUGGUCGUAAAGGGAUGUCGGAAUCAGAAAAGGUCUUUGAAGAGAUUCCUUCACCAGAUUUGAUUCUUUGGAACACUAUGAUUUCUGGGUAUUCGUUAAACGAGGAACUCUCUGAAGAGGCCGUGAAGAGUUUCAGACAGAUGCAACGGUUUGGACAUCGUCCUGAUGAUGGCAGCUUUGUUUGUGUGAUUAGUGCAUGCUCCAACCUGUCGCUGUCUCAGGGGAAGCAGAUUCAUGGGUUAGUGAUCAAAUCACAUAUCCCAUCGAACGAAAUCUCAGUAAACAAUGCCUUGGUUGUCAUGUACUACAAAUGCGGAAACCUCCGAGAUGCAAGAAAGGUAUUUGAUUGUAUGCCGGAACAUAAUAUCGUAUCAGUAAAUUCUAUGAUUGCUGGUUAUGCCCAACAUGGACGAGGAGCAGAAGCCCUGCUUCUAUGCCAACAAAUGCUGGAUUCAGGUUCUGCCCCGAACAACAUAACCUUUGUUUCCAUCCUUUCUGCUUGUGCACACUGUGGGAAAGUCGAAGAGGGUCAAAAGUAUUUCAACAUGAUGAAGGAGGAGUUCAAGAUUGAACCAGAACUCGAGCAUUAUUCUUGUAUGAUCGAUCUUCUAGGCCGAGCAGGGAAGCUCGAGGAGGCUGAGAUAAUCAUAGAGACAAUGCCAUUCAAGCCAGGCCAUGUCCCUUGGGCCGCCUUACUCGGUGCUUGCAGAAAACAUAAGAACAUAGAGCUAGCAAAGAAAGCGGCCAACCAGCUCAUCAAGAUUCUACCUUCAAAUGCUGCACCAUAUGUAAUGUUAGCUAAUAUGUACACAGAAUCAAAAAAUUGGGAAGAGGUGGCUGCUGUGAGGAAGCUGAUGAGGGAAAGAGGGAUAAGGAAGAAACCGGGUUGUAGCUGGAUUGUGGUAAAGAAGAAGAAACAUGUGUUUGUGGCCGAAGAUUGGUCCCACCCGAAGAUAGGGGAAGUGAACGAGUAUCUAGAGGAGAUGAUGAAGAAGAUCAAGAGAGAAGGGUAUGUAAUGGAGGAGAAGUGGGCAAUGGUGAAAGAGGACGAGGCCAUGGAAGGGGAAAAGGAGAUCAGGUUAGGACAUCACAGCGAGAAGUUAGCUGUUGCUUUCGGGUUGAUGUCUACAAGUGAAGGGGAAGAUAUAGUUGUGGUGAAGAACCUAAGAAUAUGUGGGGAUUGCCACAAUGCAAUAAAGUUUAUGUCUGCAGUUACAGGAAGAGAGAUCACUGUUAGGGAUAACCUUAGAUUUCAUUGCUUCAGAGACGGGGAAUGCUCCUGCGGGGAUUAUUGGUGAUGUUGAACCUGCGAACACAAAACCAGCAGACAGAUUUGGUUGUAGACUUGUGUUAGAAUUUCACCUGAGUUACAUGAAUAUGAAAAUAUUUGAUAAAUAGGUGGCAGAGUACAAUAUUCAAUGUCAAAAAUAUAUCACACGAAAUACAACGAGGAUCUGCUACGCGGGGGGUGAAUUUUUUGGAAGGAUUUGAUCUAUUGCUUUAAAUGUAAAAGCGCAUGUAUAAAAAAAACA